AUGUCAAACUAUUCCGGAGAUGUUCCGGCAAAGGCAUCACACAAGUACUCAACCGAUUCCUCGAAGACCCAAGCAAAGCAACGACAAGCCAAGUUCGAGAGUGCUCCUGACGGAUCUGUACACCAUCUUUCCGACGCGAGCUCUAGCGUCCGAUCUACCAAGAGCAAGCAUAAGGCUGCAGCGAAAGACAAGAUCAAGGGCUUCGAACGGCAGUUCAACGGCUACUCCUAG